AUGUCGCGAUCGUUUGGAAGAUACGACGAGUGGACGGCUGGAGUCGACAGCGACGACGAGGAUGACCUCCAGGAGGACUACCGGUACACCAAAGACUCGAUCUUGUGGUGCAUCGAGGCGACACCGACCAUGCUCGAGCCAAUGCUCGCUCCUUCGUCCUCACAUCCCUCCGACCCGACCCCCACUUCGACCGCUGCUCCCUCGUCGCAAGCCAAUGCGGUCGUUUGGAAGGGCGCACCGGCGAAGAGCAAGAUGGAGGAGUGUCUGAGGGCCGCGUAUGCCAUGAUGAAGCGCAAGGUCAUCGCCAGCCCGAAGGAUCACGUCGGGAUUGUCAUCUGGAACACGGCAUCGUCAAAGGGCGAUGUCGGCGACAACUGCUACCUCCUGCUCCCGCUCCAGCAGAUCACGGCUCAAAACAUCCGCUUCCUCAAGGACCUGCUUGAGAAGGCUGAGGCGGACGAGAACUUCCUGGCAGGAAUGUUCCGGCCGAACGAGGGGCAGAACAUCGUCGCCAACGUCUUCAGUCUCGCAAACAACGCCUUCCGCGAGCUCACGCCGAAUGCGAACAACCGCGCGUACUGGGUGACGGACAAUGAUGACCCGAUCAAAGGUGUCGAACAACUCUUCCACGUCGCCAAGGCCAAGCGCAUGGACCUGCACGACAUGAAGUUCCAUAUCGAGACGUUCUUCGUUCCGCCAACUUUCGGCAGCGAGUUCGACCUCGACAAGUUCUACGGCGAGGUCAUCACGCUCGAAGGCGACGAAGAAGGCGAAGGAGUCGCCGAACCCGUCGUCAACCUCGACCUUCGCACCGCACUCGAGGGCAUGAUCACUGCGAUGAGGACGAAGGAGUCUCAGAAGCGCGUGGCGUUCAAGAUCCCGUUCGUGCUGGGCAAGGACUUGAGUAUCGGGAUCGUCGGCUACAACAUGAUCGGCGAGGAGACGAAGAAGCUGCCGACCAAGGUUGUCCUCAACACGCAGGGCGGACAGGAAGUCGUUUCGAAGACGGUCUACAAAGACAGCGAAACGGGCGCCGUCCUCGACAAGAAGGACAUUAAGAAGUACUUCCAGGUCGGUCGCGACGACUUCGAGAAGGGCACCAAGGCGGCCAAGAUCUUCUUCAACGAGUCGGACGUGCGCAAAGUCAAGACUCUCGGUCGUCCGCCUAGCCUCAAGCUGCUCGGCUUCAAGCCGCGCGAGGGCAAUCUCCGCUUCUGGGAGACGGUCAAGCACAGCUACUUCAUCUACCCGGACGAAGAUCGCUACUUCGGCUCGACACGCACCUUUGCCUCGCUACUUAAAACAAUGAUCAAGAAGGACGUCAUUGGCUACGCGUCGUUCAUCCCCAGGACCAUCAGCCGACCGCAAGUUGUCAUCCUCAUCCCGCAGGCCGAGAAGCUCAACGCCGCUGGCGUCGCCAUCGAGCCGAACGGAAUUCACGUCUGCCAACUUCCCUUCGCCGACGACAUCCGCGACAUUGCGAUCGACAGCACGAUCAGCGUCGUGCACAAGCCGACGGAGGAGAACGAGGAUCCCGAUCAGCCCGAAAUCAACCAGGCGAACAAGAUCAUCAAGUACUUCACCAAGCCUUACAACCCUGACGUGUACCCCAACCCCGCUCUCAACUACUUCUACGAGACUCUCGCGGCCGUCGCUCUUGAUGAGGAAAUUCCCGAGCCGGACGACCGCACUUUGCCGCUGUACGAGACGAUCCAUGCGCGCGUCGGCAAGUACGUCGCUAGGCUCAAGGAGCUCAUCCCGCCGGAUCAAGUCGACCCGACGCGCAUCAAGACGUCAAACAAGAAGCGUGUCGUCAAGAAGGACGCCGCCGACCCGAACGAGCCGCCUCCCGACCUGUCCGAAUUCGUCGACGACCUCAAGCAGUACGGCAACAAACUCACGGUCGCGAAUCUCAAGGCUGCGCUCAAGCAGAUGGGCGAGAAGACGAGCGGGAACAAGUCGGAGCUGAUGGAGCGCGCGGUGGGAUACCUUGUCGAGCAUGGGUUGUGGGAGGAGAAGAAGGCCACGGACGAGAUGGACGUCGACGAGGACGAAGAGGAGAAGAAGCCGCGCAUCAAGAAAAAGAGGAAGGUCAUCGUCGGCGAUGAGGAGGACGACGACUGA